GCCGUGCGGAGGCGGACAGGUGCCAAGAGGCGACCGACCGGGCCAGCCCCAAGCCACCACCCUUGCACGUGCUGGAACCGUCUGGGUGGAGGGGUGUGACCUUUUGGACCUGAGACGGUUUUUUGUCUCUCCCGCCCGGCUGGACCGUAAAUAGUAUAUGAUCUUGGUGUGUGCCGCCCACCACACCUUGUUGACCUUAUUUCCUCUCUUCCGGGUUGCUUUGUUCUUCAUUUAUUUCAUCGUUGGGACGCCAUCUUUUCUUAUUGGCAACGUUGCUGUCCCUCACCUACGCCGUCGAGCACAUUUAGCUGGACCGUCGCGACACCACCUUAUACGCAAAACUCGAUACAUAUUCAUCCGGUCUUUGUAUACCACCAGCACAAUGAACCGCCGCCAGCUUUCCUUUGCCGUUGCAUCGGUCCUCUCGUUCUGCUUCCUGCUUCUGUCGAUCCACACGUGGUCAGCCCUUGGCGGAGGCUUCGUCGAUCUACGUAAGAACACCCCCGCCCAGCAGCUAUAUCCCUCGCAAUGCGCUCUCUUCCUCUCUCUCUUUCCUCAAUGAGCCGUACAAGCUAACACGUCCCCAUCUCGAUCCACACAGCAACCAUGAUCUCGCAAGUAACCGCCCCGCGGCCGCCAAAGGUGCACCUGCAGCACUUCCCCAAGAAGAUCUGGGACGCCUGGGUGUCCGAGUCGCAGGUGCACUCGAUCAUCCGGUCUGUCGAGGAGC